GAUGUACAGUUACUAGUCUGUUGGUAAUUCGCUGUUCGUCUACCAGUAUAAUUAUCAUUAUCGCAGUUUAUUUCGGUGACUUAUUAAAUGCGAUUCUUUGCUGUCACCUAAAAUGGAAAUAUACACCAAACAUGAUGGACGCGCUUUCAGUCGUUAAUCAACUGCGGGAUUUGGCGUCGGAGCCGCAGAACAGGGAGCCCAUAGUCCAGGACCAAGGCUGUCUUCCCGGCCUGGUUCUGUUUCUGGAUCACCAAGAUUCCCACGUACUGCUAUCUACGCUACAGACUCUUCGUUAUCUUGCCGAGUCCCCCCUAAACAGGGAUAAAAUGAAGAAUGAACUGGGCAUGAUGGUGAGCCUGGAAAACCUUGUGCAACGUAGACGUGGACAGAAUGAGGUGUGUGAUUUAGCCAGAGAAGUCUCUGGUUUGUUGAGUAAACCUCUCCAUACUGGGACCCUCCAAACCCCUGAGCAGCCAAAACGAGCCAAGUCACAGUUCUUCAUCAACAGCACCAACAAAAAGGCCAAGUCCGUUACCCUUCACAUACAGGGCCUGGACAGUGUGGUCCAUCGCGGCCUCUGUGAAGAAGCUCUGCUCAAGGUCAAAGGGGUCAUCAGCUUUACCUUCCAAAUGGCGCUGAAGAGGUGCACUGUACGCAUCCGGUCCGACCUGCCCCCCGAGUGUCUAGCAUCCGCCAUCGCCACCACCAAGGUGCUGACAGCCGAGCAGGUUGUGAAAAAUGACGCAGGGGAAGAGGUCAUGGUCCCACUCGGCACCACAGCCGCUGCUGUGCAGGAGAACGUCCACCUGCCAGAUUACCUGCCCGAGGAUGAGAGCCCGGAGCGCAACACGGACAAGGCGAUAUCCCGGGUGGGCGCCAAGGCUGAUGCCAGCGGAAGCUGGCUUAACGCUGCGGCUACCUUCCUCACCAGGACAUUCUACUGGUGAAGCUCAUCUUGCCGUUUGUUUGUUUUUUCCUGUCUUCCCUGUACAUAUCUUUUAAUGUCUAUGUGUGUUCUGUCUUGAAUAUUUGAUUUUCACUUGACUUUCAAAAAAACUUGAAUUGAAAGUCAAAUAAAAGGAGUCUGAUCUUAUUUUCCACCCAGAUUCCUUAAAGGCAUUUAUGCCACAAUGCUGUUGAACUCUCAAAUCUGAUUGGUCAGAAGGGUGUUCAUUAGUUGUGUAUAGCUGCACACAGAGGGGUGAAUCGCAGUAGUAAGUCAAUUCUUUAAUUAUACUGUUACUUUAAAUUGUUCAACAAUCGGAAUGUUAAGUUAGCAGAAAUGGCAAUUUCAAAUUAACGACUGGUCUUGGCAACAAAAUUUUUGAAUUGACGACGGUGGCUUGGGUUGUUUCCAAGCAAAAUGUUUGUUGCCAGAAGAAAGUGGUUCUAAUACAUGAAUCUUGGCUCAAAAACAUGAAAAUGUCUUUAGGUACAUAUUUGUAAACUAGAGCUGUCAGGAUUACUCGAUUAAACUCGAUUACUCUUAUUAAAAUCAUGGAUUAAAAAUUUCCUUCUCGAUUGCUCAUCAGUACGGCAAUAAGUAGACGUCAUAUUGAUGGCGCAUAGAAAACGAGGGUCCAAAGCACAACUGCAAUGCAAAUACAUCUUAGAAGACCAUUCAGGUUUGACAAACUCAUCUGAUGAUGUGAGGUUAGCCAUAGAUAUUCGCCAUUUAGCAUCUCCGAGUAGCCCGGCCUCUGUCAGCACUUCGACAAAUCAUUUUACUUACUUCGUACGAUUCCUUUUUGUCAAAAUAAUUGCUGCUGAAAAGAUCAGCCCCAUCGCUUAGCCAUAUCAACUAUAUAUUUUUUGUCAACGUAUUGGGUGUUUUGGGCUGAACGCUACUGGAAAAAGUUCACGUUGAGAACUACAUUUGAAAAUUAACUGUAUAGCCAAAUGUAACUCAUCUACAAAUAGCCUGUCCAGUACAUCAGGAAUGCCAAUAAAUCACUUGCUUUUUCUCAG